AUGUCGUCUCCGUCGUCUGCAGGCAAACGCAAGCGCAGUGCUUCCCAUCUUGCCACGAAGCCCAAUCCCGCCGAUCUCUUGCAGCCUUCGUCGCGCGAUGCGUCCGGUGAAGAGGGCGAUGAGUCGACCGCCCCCGCAACUCCCUCAUCCAUCAAACACAAGCAGCAUGCUCCCGCUAACGUAACGUCCGCGACGACCGUCCCGCCUACCAAACGGGCCCGGAAGAGCUCGAUCGACGACAGUUCGAUCAAUGCACAGACAGCGGAGGACCCGUCCGGAAUCAGCAAAGAGGACCCCGGCGAACCCUCCGAAACCACGGUCGCCAGCAGUGAUAUCGAGAACCAGAGUAAGGGCCGACCCGGGUUACAUGUACAGACCCGACAGGACCUGGAACCGCCUGAGAAGGCCGGUUUGCAGAAUCCCGUGGGUUACACUACGAACCCGCCGCCCACGGGACGCCCGGUUCGGGUGUAUGCCGAUGGUGUGUUUGAUUUGUUCCACAUGGGUCACAUGCGUCAGCUCGAGCAGGCCAAGAAGGCUUUCGCCGAUGUGCAUCUAAUGGUCGGCGUUACGGGAGAUGAAGAGACUCAUCUGCGGAAGGGUCUCACGGUGUUGAGCGGCGCAGAACGAGCGGAAACUAUACGCCACUGCAAAUGGGUGGACGAAGUGAUUCCCAAUUGCCCUUGGAUCGUGACGCCGGAAUUUAUCGACCAACACCAGAUCGACUACGUUGCGCACGAUGACCUCCCCUAUGGUGCCGCGGAGGGCGACGACAUCUAUGCUCCGAUCAAGGCCCAAGGAAAGUUCCUAGCCACUCAGCGGACUGAAGGCGUCAGCACCACAGGGAUUAUCACACGGAUCGUCCGUGAUUAUGACCAAUACAUUUCCCGUCAAUUCAAACGCGGUGCCUCCCGACAGGAAUUGAACGUCUCGUGGCUUAAGAAGAACGAACUGGAAAUCAAGCGCCAUGUGUCUGAGAUCCGGGAUAACAUUCGCACAAACUGGUCGACCACCGGCCAAGAAUUGGGACGCGAAUUGCGGCAGCUCUGGCAGAACAGCCGGCCCGGCAGCCCGGCCCCGAGCGCCCGGAACAGCGUUGAUCUGGGUAGCACUCGUGGAGGCCUGAUCAGUCCGACCACGGGGGCCAAGUCCCAUCUGUCGCGGGUGGAGACUUUGGGCCGUCCGGACAGCCCCGUGGGAAAUGGACGGAACGAGGACUUUGCGACCGGUUACAGUCUGGGCUUGAUCGGUGGUGUAAGAGCAUGGAUGCGCAGCCGUCGGUCCCUUGUGGAAAGCCGAGCUCAUUCUCCGACUAGCGAAGAGGAACAUGACUCGGAACAAGAACGGAGCAAUGGCCAUGUCAGCAGUACGGCCGAAACCCCAGCCCAUGCCGGGGUUCACUCCGCGUAA